GGGAGUGUGUGGAUUUGGGGACUUUGGGGAGUGCAAAUCAAACAAAAUGAAGACUUUUUGUUAUGUUAAUUAUUACAGAAAACUGCUUAGAAAAGCACCUAUACGAAAUUACUCUUCUGGUGUAAGCGAUAGUAAUACUGAAAAUAUAAGGAAUAUUGGUAUAUUAGCCCACAUAGAUGCAGGUAAGACUACCACAACCGAGCGCAUGCUCUUCUACUCUGGCAAAAUUCGGUCCAUGGGAGAGGUACACCAUGGGAACACUGUCACAGAUUACAUGGAACAGGAGAGGCAGCGGGGAAUCACCAUUACAUCUGCUGCAGUGUCGUUCCCAUGGAGAGGCAGCCAGAUCAACUUGAUAGACACCCCGGGGCACAUAGACUUCACCAUGGAAGUGGAACAGAGCCUUGCUGUGCUUGAUGGGGCUGUGAUAGUCAUGGAUGCUUCUGCUGGAGUAGAAGCGCAGACGCUCACAGUGUGGCGGCAGGCCGGCGGCUACCGCGUGCCGCGGCUUAUCUACUUGAACAAGAUGGACCGCGCCGACGCCGACCAUGCGGCGUGCGCGAGCGCCGUCAGGGAUAAGUUGCAAGCGCAGCCGUUAGUGCUGCACGCGCCUGUGCACCAUGAGGGACGGUUUAUAGGUCUCAUAGAUUUAAUUACACUGGAAGAAGUAAUCUGGACGCAAGGCCGCGGUCAGAACUUCAUCCGGCGAAAACUGACUGAAACCAAAGACGGCCACAAGUGGGAGACCUCUAUGGACAGCCAUAGACAACUCGUCGACACUCUAUCCUCUAUGGACGACCAGCUAGCCGACACUAUCAUACAACAUGAAUCUCUGGAUAAUUUGAACAGUAAAGACAUUGAAGCAGCUGUAAGAAGAUGUACCAUAGACAUGAAAGGGUUUCCGUUGCUCUGUGGUAGUUCGUACAAGAAUAUAGGAGUUCAGACGUUGAUGGACGGUGUUAUAUCUUACCUGCCUUCUCCGCUACAAUGUAAUGAGUUGCACAAGUGCUUCGGGCAGGACUUGGCUGCGCGCGCGUUUAAAGUGCAGCACGACGAUCAAAGGGGGGUUCUGACGUUCCUAAGACUGUAUGGAGGGGAGAUCAGCAAGGGACAGAAGAUAUACAACUUGGCCAGGGAAAGAAGUGAACAGGCUGGGGCUCUAUACGUAGCUCUCGCGGACGAAUACAAGCCAGUGGAGACGGUUACCGCUGGGAAUAUCGCUGUCGUUAGUGCUCUCAAGGCGACCAUGACCGGCGACCUGGUAACGUCAACGCAGUCAGCCGCCGGCCGCGCCAAGGAGCGGCUUGCAACCACCCUCAAGCAGCAGGAUAAGGUUGAACAGCUGAUGCUGCCGAGCGCCCGUCAGAGACUCCAAGCCUUGGAGACAGAGCCCAGUAAUGAGGAGCUGGCUGACGUCUUGCUAGGAAUCGGAACCACAAUCCCCGAGCCAGUAUUCCUGUGCUCCAUCGAGCCUCCGAGCAUUGCGUACCAGAACGCACUUGACAUAGCACUUGCCGAGCUCACCCGGGAAGACCCGAGUCUUCGCGUCUCCACCGAUGACGAGACCGGCCAGAUGGUCUUGGCUGGAAUGGGCGAGCUUCACCUAGAAAUCAUAAAGGAGCGCAUCAUCCGCGAGUACAAAAUAGAAGUGGAACUAGGGCCGCUUCAGAUCGCCUACCGCGAGGCUCUGGUAGGAACGGCUAAGCAUACCCUAGCAGUGGACAGGAAGAUCGGCAGCUUCAAGCAGCAGGUCAAGAUCACCAUGUCUGCCAAGAAUGCGAAGGUCGCGCAUGAUAAGGUGUUGAGGCUAGACAAAUCGGCCGAAAGCGCGGCAAACUUGUCUCACAUCCACCCGCGCACGCUGCAGACGAUAAACACCGCCGUCGCCACGGCCCUGCAGCACGGGCCCAAGCUUGGCUGCCCGCUGGUGGACGUGCAGGUGACGCUACACUGGCUGGAAGUGACGCGCAGCACGUCCGACUCCGUGCUCGGCGCCACCGUCGUGCAGUGCCUCCGGAAGGUGUUCGAGGAAGCAGACUCAAUGCUGCUAGAACCUGUGAUGUCACUGGAAGUAGUGUGUCCCGAAAGCCACGCGGCGCGAGUGUUGACCGACCUCACGCGGCGCCGCGCUGAGAUCAGACACAUACAGCUGCGACACCAGAACAAGGUGUGUUGAGCUAUUGUAGCUUCUAUUGCCAGCAGGUGUAGACUCAGUCUUGCUUGAACCUGUGUGUCAUUGGAAGUAGUGUCACAGAAUAAUAAUAAGUACUACGUACAGAAGUUUUACUUCGCGAAGGUAUUUAAAAAAAUGUAUGCUCAAUGUCAUUAACAAUAUGGUGUAAUUUAGCCUGUCUCAAGAGUCAAGAAACAUUUUGUUGACAAACGUCAGUGAUCGGCACUGCGCCGAAGCUAUAGGGCUGACUUCGGUAAAAUGAUGUGACGUGAGGUGCCAAACUGCGGAAAAUGGCGGAGGAAAUAUGUACAUGAUUUAGCAUGAAUUAUCAUGAAUAAUAUUAACUACUUAUUUACCUCUCAGUGUCCUGAGGCAACUUAAAAAAGUACAUUCUGUGUUUUUAUUAUUAUUUAGGCAGUUAAAUACUGCACAGUAUUUAGUACACCAUUUUCUUUAUUUUCUUCCAUCAUACACAAGAAUACGCGUGCGUGAGUCAAUGUUCGCUCGUAUGUGAGGCCUUGUCGAACAGUAUCCUGUAGGUGGGCCAUCGUGCGUGUUUUGUUUUCGAUGUAAACUCGCGGAGAUGAACAGGCCUGGUAGUGUGUCCUGAAAGCCACGCGGCGCGAGUGUUGACCGACCUCACGCGGCGCCGCGCUGAGAUCAGACACAUACAGCUGCGACACCAGAACAAGGUGAGUUGAGCUAUUGUAGCUUCUAUUGCCAGCAGGUGUAGACUCAGUCUUGCUUGAACCUGUGUCGCUGGAAGUAGUGUGUCCCGAAAGCCACGCGGCGCGAGUGUUGACCGACCUCACGCGGCGCCGCGCUGAGAUCAGACACAUACAGCUGCGACACCAGAACAAGGUGAGUUGAGCUAUUGUAGCUUCUAUUGCCAGCAGGUGUAGACUCAGUCUUGCUUGAACCUGUGUGUCGCUGGAAGUAGUGUGUCCCGAGAGCCACGCGGCGCGAGUGUUGACCGACCUCACGCGGCGCCGCGCUGAGGUCAGACACAUACAGCUGCGACACCAGAACAAGGUGAGUUGAGCUAUUGUAGCUUCUAUUGCCAGCAGGUGUAGACUCAGUCUUGCUUGAACCUGUGUGUCGCUGGAAGUAGUGUGUCCCGAAAGCCACGCGGCGCGAGUGUUGACCGACCUCACGCGGCGCCGCGCUGAGAUCAGACACAUACAGCUGCGACACCAGA